GCAAGUCGUCGUCGCUCGCUACCGCUCUCGCUCUCUCGCCAGUCCGCUCGCUCGUUUCCCAGCAGCCGCAGCCGCCGCCGCCGCCGCAGCAGCCAGCCGUCCUCGUUGCCCCUCGGUCGACAGCAGCCAGUGUUCACCAUGAGGGGCGCCACGAUCGCCCUGGCCGUCGGCCUCUUCGCGACCGCGUGUCUCGCCCAGCCGGAGGAGAGCCACGGUAACUGGGACCCUGACGAUCCAGUGAGCACCGUGCGGAUCGACGCCGUGUUGGGCAGAAACGCGGAGAUGCCGUGCAACAUCGACCCCGUGAUGAGGGAUGACCGCGUGUACAUGGUGCUCUGGUUCAAAGAGGCGGCCGGAAAGCCGCUUUACAGUUUUGACGUCCGCGGCCGCCCAUUCAACAAGGCAGCCCUGUGGUCGGACAAAAAUGUGUUCGGCAACCGGGCCUACUUCGCCACUGUCACUAAGCCGGCACAUCUCACCCUGAACAAAGUGCAGCUGGACGACGAAGGGGCUUACAGAUGUCGCGUCGACUUCAAAAAUUCGCCGACCAGAAACUUCCAGAUUAACCUCACAGUAAUAGUGCCACCGGAGGAGCUUACCAUUUACGACGAGAAACGGAACGAAGUGUCGGGCGUCAUUGGCCCGCUCAUGGAGGGUAGUGACCUGCAGUUGGCCUGCGAGGUCAAAGGAGGGAAACCGGUGCCGACCGUCUCGUGGUUCGUCAACGACAAGCUGCAGGAAGGCGUCGUUCCGGUCGACGAGGAGCAGAUCUCGCCCGGGGUCAUCAUUAACAAGCUGUACAUCAGGGACGUCCGACGCCACCAACUUCACAACACGUUCAAAUGCCAGGCGUCCAACACCAAAAUGAACCAACCUAAGGAACGAACGAUUCGACUCGACUUGUAUCUGAAACCGCUGUCGGUGCGGCUAUUGGAAAAGCCACGCACCCUGCAAGCCGGAAAACCACACAGUGUGGUGUGCGAGGCCAAAGGUUCCAGGCCCAAAGCCGACAUCUCGUGGUUCAAGGACUCCAGGAAGAUUCCCGGCGGAUUGGAGGAGGGAAAUGACACCAUAACUCAGAACAUCUUGGAGUUCAUACCUCAACCAGAGGAUCACGGGAGGCAACUCAAGUGCUACGCGGAAAAUCCGAAAAUCCCGGGCUCCGGCUUGGAAGAUAAUUGGCUGCUCAACGUUGUCUUCGCCCCUCAAGUGAGUCUGCAGCUGGGAAACACGCUCAACCCGGACGACAUCAAAGAGGGCGACGACGUCUACUUCGAAUGCCACAUCAGAGCCAACCCCAGGGAGCAUAAGAUCACCUGGAUGCAUAAUGGCGCCCUGCUCAGUCAGAACGUGUCGUGGGGCAUCAUCAUGAGCACGCACAGCCUCGUUCUGCAAAAGGUGACCCGCCACAAUGCCGGCGUUUAUCGCUGCGUCGCCAUCAACUCACAGGGAGAAAGCCAGAGUUCGCCGGUCCACCUCCGCGUCAAAUUCGCGCCAGUGUGCAAGGCGCUGGACGUGAUCGUGGUGGGCGGCUCGUUCAACGAGCAGCUGAGCAUCCAGUGCGAGGUGGCCGCCGACCCUGGCGACGUGCGCUUCUUGUGGAUGUUCAACAACUCGGGCGAGAACAACCGCGUGUCGGAGGACCGCUUCCGCAACCGCAACACCACCAGCACGCUGAGCUACACGAUCAUCUCUGAGCGCGACUACGGCACGCUGCAGUGCUGGGGCUCGAACGCGAUCGGCCGCCAACUCGAGCCGUGCGUCUUCCAGGUCGUGCCCGCUGGUAAACCGUCGGCGUUGCGCAAUUGUUCGUUGUUUAACCAAACGGGCGAGUCGCUCGAGGUCGAGUGCCUGCCCGGUUUUGACGGCGGCCUGCCGCAAAGGUUCAUUCUCGAGGUGUACGAGGCGCCGUCGAUGCAGCUGCGGCUCAACCUGAGCAGCGAGGUGGCGCCCGCGUUCAGGGUGGCGGAGCUGCUGCCGGGCGCCAGCACCCUCCUGCGCAUGGUCUUGUAUGCGGCCAACCCCAAGGGCCGCGGCGAGCCCACCGUCCUGGACAAUAUCGCCCUCUGGGACGCCGAGAGACGGACAGAUUCAGUCCCUUCGGACGGCACGGACGCGCUGAGCCUGCUGCCCCUGAUCGCGCUGAUGAUCGGCGCCCUGGUGACCGGACUGUCGGUGGCGCUGCUGUUCGCGGUGGCGCUGCGCAAGCGGCGCCACAACGAGGGCGGCACGCCACACGGCGAGAAGUCGAAGGCGCCGAGCGGCGAGCCGCAGGUGAUGGACAUCAACCACGACCACUACGUCGUGUCCUACACCCUGAAGAGCAUGCCCGAGCAGCCGGAGCGGCAGCAGCGGCAGCCGGACAUCCUCACGGCCAGAUACGAUUCGGCCGUCAGCGAGAGGAUGAAGCGUCCUGAGGUGCUGUUCCCGCGCAACGGUGACCUCGAGAUGGUGGCCACCGCGGCCGCCGACGCGGUGGCCUCUUCAAGGCCGCCGCCCGUCCCGCCCCGCAGCGAUCUGUCUUCCAACGGCAACUUCUCCCGGCAGAGCCCUGGAGCUUCCAACUUUCAGAGUGGCGCUGGUCUGUCCACGCGAAGAAGCCCUGUCGGUGCUGGAGACAACAACGGCUGCGAACUGAACGGCACACUCAUCAAAGAGACGCUCAUGUCCAACCACAUUCCCGAAAGUUGCGUUUAAGAGUAUAGCACAAGCUGCUGCUUCUAUGUCUAAUAAGUGUUACACAACUCAAUGUCCCAACUCACGUACGCUCUAAAAACGACAGCAAAUGGAAAAUAUAUUUAACUUAUACCGAUGACGACACAAUAAAAACACAGUAGAACUGACUGAGUGCAACAAACACACUGCAGCGCGGAAGGAAAAUCUGGUGAUAUUAAUCAUGUAAGUGAACAAGGCUUAACUAAUUAUAAAGCGCUCUCCAAUGAGAUUAACUGUUGUUGUGUUGGUAACUAACCAAAGUCUAUGGGCCACUUCGUUUGUCGACGUGCUAUUUUUAGAACUCGAAGCGAGUGAAUUAAGCAAAAGUGCGCAGGAUUGACACAGAGACCUUUGAAUCGACGCGUUUACUUCUCAGAAGAUACAAUAAAUACAACAUACACACACACACACAUAUGCCGCAUGUAACGCAAGAAGAGUGAAAGUGUUGAAAUAAAUUUGCUUUCCGUUUUACUCGGUGUCGAACAGAGCAGAGAGCUGAUCGGGAGAUGAGUGCAAUCAUUCGAAUGGCUUCCUCGUCUUCACACAUGAUGAACAAUGAAAUUAUAUCCAAUAAAUAUAGCAGAAUAAAUGUUUGAAUCGUCGUUGUAAAAUUAAAAUAUAAAAAAAGAAGAAGAAAGACACUGGUGUAUAAAAAUGCGUGGAACUUCUUGCUCGUCAGCAAAAGCCACAUCUUCCAAUAAUAAUGUAUGAAACUCUUUAUUAUCAGAGAUUUAUGUAAAUAAACCAAUGAAUAAUGUCAGAAAUCUUUGUGAUACAGGUUUAAAUGCUGUCAAACCAAUGUUUUUGAGAAAAAAUAAAUAAAAUUGAUUUCGUAAA